AGGUAGACUUCCGGAAUCGCAUUGCUCGAAUGGCGGACACCGUGGUUGUCGUUUCUGUCAAGUACAAUAGUUUUGAUUCUGAAAACUCAUGUAAUAUUGCCGUGUCCGAAUUAUUAGAGUGGAGAAAAACGGGGUCGCGCGAAAAAUCGAAAUAUUUUACAUCUACUCGGUGACUACUUUAAUGAUCGUUAAAACGAUCGUUAGCGCCGGUAUACCCGCAAGUUUUCGUUCUGUCACACACACACAAAAGAUAAUAAUCAAGAUUUCUAGCGGGAGGCACAAAAGGCGAGAGGAACUUGAAAUAUAUUUCAGGGGGAUAAUAGGAAAAUACGGAAGGGCCUGUGUAAACUAUGCGAAUCAGAUGAUUCGAAGGGCUUUGCGAAAAAGGGAAAUAUCGCAGAUUUGAGUUAGUUCCAAAUUCGUGUCAUUAUGACGUACCGAACUUCGUACACGCGAUCCUCCUUUAUUAUACAAUUUUCCUUUCCUUGGAUUCGCAUAGAGAUAUUAAUUAUGUAUUUUUCAUCGUAUUAACAUCCCAUGUAUUAAUUCUCUAUGUGACUGUGAUAGAAAUACUCUGUGUCUUCUCGUCUUAUUUACUUAUGCCGAGUGAAUGUCGAAGCAAGCACCAUAAUAUUUCAUGAGGUUUUUUUUUUUUUUUUAUGUACUUUUAAUCCUAAAAUAUUAUAUUUUCGUUCUAAUUGUAGAAUUUAUAAAAGAGCAAUAUUAGUGCAAUAUUGUGUGCGGCUAAUAGACUAAUAAAUAAAGAUGUUCUCCUUUGCUUUGUUCUCUUCUUUCUGUUUCUUCUUCUUCUUCUUCUUCUUCUUCUUUUUCACUUUUUCAUACAAUAUCUCAUUUCAUUCUAGUCAAUCGAGCACAAUGCUUCUUUUCACCUCCCUUUACAAUGUGAAUAUAAUAUAUAUUACAAGUGCAUUACAGAUAUAGUUAUGGAGGAUAGUAUGAGUGUCAAGUCUAUGGAAUCAGUGGCAACCAGCGAUGAAUAUGAAUUUGUGAGUGACAAGGGUACUACCAAGCAACAACAAACGUUACUUGAGGCGCCGAUGUUAAAAAUUGCCAAUAACGGAAAUUUAGAGGAUCUGCAAAAUAAUCUUCGUGAGGUAUUAACGGAAGAUUCAAAAAUGGAGGGUAGAGAUUACAAAGUAACAAAUCCUGUUCAACAAAAGGCCAAGAAAGUAGGGCACAGCAAAUUUUAUGACGUUAGUUCCUGUAUAAAUGGUACAGAAAAGCAAGACGUAAUGAAACCUGAUGAUUUCAUAGAGGAGGGUUUGUAUGUUUUAGAAUUAAACACAUUAUCGCAUGUACAACAAGAAUGCACAAUUUUCAAUGGUGUUACGUAUCUGGGAGCUGCAGCAAUAAAUGCACCAAAAUCAGAAUGUGAAAUACAACGUAAUAUGAAUAUUUUAAAUGCCGAACAAUCUCUUAACCUGGGUAUUAAAAUUUCAGUCUCUGUACCGAGUAGUUCCCAAGGUUCUGUCGUUUUAUACGAUGCUGCCACUCAGCAACCAAUUGCCCAUUAUGAAGUACAACGAAUUUUAUUUUACGCACGUGGAGAAAGUUCUGGACUGUGUGCCGCAUGCUUCGCUUUCACAUGGUCUCAUGGUGAUACCUUGGAAUCUGCUAUUUAUCAAUGUCAUGUCUUUCGAUGUAAUAUACCAGAAGCAGUUGGACAAGUGUCAGCUUGUUUCUCUAAAGCCUUCCACAGAAUACCACGUUCAAUGACAAAUUCUUUAACAGGGAGUGACUUUAAUAAUUAUAACUCGGGCGGUGAAAAAAUUAAUUCUCGUGUAUUCAUUUUUGAAGUUACCAUGGAAGUUAAGGAGGAAGAUGGUAAAGGUGGUUUUAGUACUGUUCCUAAGGACAGGAAUUGUUUCAAAUUUCGGAGUAAUAUAGCAAAGCAAGUUUGUUUGAGUAUACAACAAGUUUCCAGUAAGGAAGGAGGUAUUACUCUUGAAGUUGAGAGAUGUUUUGGUGUUCUUGUUAGCCCAGGACGUAAUGUGAAACAUAGUGAUAUGCGAUUACUUGAAAUGCAAGUCAGUACUGGCCCAAUAGUCCAGGAUCGAUGUUACAAUAUAUGUGGCCAAUGGGAUCCAGCUGAUCCAGCUUUGGAAACUCUUAAUAUAGAGACACCUAGAGAGGGCAAAAUAUUCAUGACAGUAGCAGUUGAUUUAGUUAUACGAGGUAUUAGGGAACCAGUGAGAUUCGUAAUCGAAACUCCUGUUAAAGUAUUUCCACAAAAUGAGAGAUUUUGGUACUUUAAUAAGAGAAAUUUAGUCCAACAAUUUUAUCUUAACUCUAAAGAGAUAAUAUCUGGCGAUGGGAGUGAAGUUCAUUACGAGGUGCAAAGUAUAGAAACAUCAGGAGAAUUAGAUAGAAAUAGAUUAAAUCUUGCUCUUAAUUUAGCUUCCUUAAUCAGAUCACCCUCUUUGACUAGCAUUGACACUUUAACUCCCAAGGAGGAAAUAGAUUCAGAUGGAGAUGAGCCAAUGUUAAGCGGGACAGGUGAAGUGUCAAAAGAUUGUUCCGCAGAUGAAUUGGCAAGCUGGGGAGAAGUUUUAGACAGUUGGCAAAUUAAUGAUCAACGUCCGAAGCUUCUAAUAAAACUGACGAAACAAGGAAUUCCUGAAGCAUUACGCGGUGAGGUAUGGCAACGUUUAAGUAAUUGUGACAAUUCCCAGGAAAUGAUGGACAAGUAUAGAACACUGAUUACUAAGGAAAGUAGCUGUGAAAGCGUUAUAUUAAGGGACAUCAACAGAACAUUUCCAGCACAUGAUUUCUUCAAAGAAACCGGUGGUUUAGGCCAGGAUUCUUUGUACAGAAUAAGUAAAGCUUAUGCAGUAUAUGACGAAGAAGUUGGAUAUUGUCAAGGUUUAAGUUUUUUAGUUGCUAGUUUAUUGUUACAUAUGCCCGAAGAACAAGCCUUUUGUGUACUUGUAAGAUUAAUGUACGAUUAUGGUUUACGAGAUUUAUACAAAGACAGAUUUGAUAAUCUUCACAUGAGAUUUUAUCAAUUGAAUCGUUUAAUAGAGGAUCAACUUCCCGAACUUUACAAACAUUUCUGCGAUCGUGGUGUUGAAACACAUAUGUUUGCAGCACAAUGGUUUUUGACUCUAUUUACAGCUAGAUUUCCAUUGUAUCUUGUAUUCCACAUUUUAGAUGUUUUCCUCUUACAAGGACUCGACACUCUCUUCCAAGUAGCUCUUGCAUUGUUAAUGUUAUGCAAAAAGGAGUUAUUACAACUGGAUUUUGAAAGCAUUUUAAAGUACUUCAGAGUGCACUUACCUAAACGUUGCAGAAACGAGGAAAUAUCACGUUAUGUAAUGAAACUGGCCUGUUCCGUUACAUUGAAGAAAUUGAAGAAAUAUGAAGCAGAAUUCAUGACAUUAAAAGAGGCUCAAGAAAAUGCAGAUGAAUACAGUAAUGAGGUGGAACAAUUAAGAGGUACAGUUGCAAGAAAUGAGGAAGAAAAGCAGAGAUUGGAAGCAGAGCUAGCUCAAGUUAAAGAAAUGCUACAACGUGAGGUAACAAGAGCCGAUGCAGAGAGUCGUCGAAGUAAUAUUAUUAUUGCAGAAUAUAAACAGAUUUGUCAACGUUUGGAAGAUGACUAUAAUGCUGCAAAAGCAACUUUAAGUGAAUUACGGUCUAAGGUAUCAAGGUGUGACAAAUGUAGAACAUGCAUAAUGGAUUCAUCUAGUAUAUUAGCAGAUAUAGCACAUCCUUUAGAAAAUCGAAUUGACCCCAUGCUGCAUAGAGUACAAGAAAGAGUAAGAGAAUUAGAAUUAGAAUUGGCACAGACAAAGUUAGCACAUGUGGAAGCAGAAUGUAGAAAUCAGGAUUUGACACACCAAUUACAUGCAACUGCUUCUGAACUUCAAGCUGCACGAAAUAGUUGGCCAUGGCUCAGUAAAACUUUGUCUACUAUAAAGGAAGCAACAAACAAGCGAGAAGUUAUAGGCCCUUCGUCAUUAAGAGAUUUAAGACGCGAAAGUACUCCAGGAGAUGACGUACAUCAUCAUAUAAUAAAUUCACGUAGCCGUGAUAGUCGUGAUAGUCUUAAGGAAGUAGUGUAGUAAGAUAAUAGUUGAAAAGUGUCAAGGAAGGCAGCAUGCAAUCUACACCACCAUAACGAUAGAGAUGAUUAAGUGUGUGUUACAAAUUAUACUCCGCACGCGUCGUUAAACUUUUAUAUGAAACAUUUAGUUAUAUCAUUUAUAAUUUCAAUGAUAUUUAUGUGGACCGCUUCAAAACCGGAUUUCAUCGCGUAUAAAAUCAAAAAGUAUAUUUCAUAUUUCAUUGGAUAUGUUACAAUAAUAUUUGUAUAGAAAAAGAAAAAAAAAAAAAAAAAAAAAUCAAUGAAAUAUAAAAAUGUAAGAAAAUUAUUAAUACCCUUAAUUUUAUAGCUCAAAUUCGAUAAAUUGUAUAGGCAGCAAUGAACGAUGAUAUGUCAGGAUUUUUUUCCUCGAUAGCAUCACGUAUUUCUUAUUAGCCAUUCAUCACUGUCAGCAUAGCUGUUAAAAGAAUAACGUACAGAAACGAUAUCUUCAAAAUUGUUCGCUGUCUGUGUCAUGCAUUACUUCGUUAUUAUUAUCAAUAUGAUUUCCUUCCGUAAAAUUACUUGAUAUUUCGUCAUUAUUUUGCUCGCUAUCUUCUACGGAGGAAUUACUAUCAAAGCCUUCAUCGUGAUCUAUGCCCAAAUAUUCUUGGUCGUCUGUAUAUAUAAAGCAUGUGUAAUAUAAAAAUAUUAAUCAUUCAAGAAUACAUGUGAUAUAUGAAUUUACCUUCUAUAAGAUCAAAGGGCAUCAAUUCUCUGCGAUCCCUUAAAAUAUGUUGUCCAUCAACAACAUCUAUUGGAUUAGCCAUUUCUAAUAUUCUCAAUAGCCAUAUGGGAAAACCAUUUUCAACGACAUAAAUGUCAUUUUCAUUUUCAAGAUCGUUUUCCAAAACAUUAAUCAACGGUUGAAGAUUUUCGAUAUCGUUAUCGGCAACAGCUAUCAUAUUGUUACCUUCGUCAUCCCUAUUAUUAUUUGCAAGAUCACCAUUUUCUAUUACCACUGGUUCUAAAUUUUCAAACCGCGGCGCUUCCGCUACACUUGGGGAUUCUGAAUCGGGUGCGAUCCUAUCAUGCGCUAUACUAGGUAGAUCAUAUUCCGGUGUCAUAUCCGGUGCUGAUACAGAAUUUGGAUAGCCAGAAUCUAUAAUUUCUGGUGACCAACUAUUUGGAGGAGUCUCUAUGGGCUCCGGAGAAUUAUGAGGCUUUACUUCUACAAUGUUACCUGGAGAUAUUAUACAAAUUUGAUUGAAAUUUUUUGAAUAAUCCUUACAUCCGGCAACGGCCUUUAUUAAACAUGUUUCAGACUGAAUAUCAUCAUUUAAAUUUUCUGUUCCCUUAGAUUGUAAUAUAAUAUCACUAUCUUCUUUGGCA